AUGGAAAAAAUAGAAAUUCCGGAGCAAUGGAGAAAUCAAUACAAGAUUCUUUACCAGGCUCUUGCCAACUUUUCAACUGCUUUGUUCAGUGAGGAAUUCAUAAUGGAGGCUGUUAAUUGCGAGAAAUUAAAAAUUCCGUUGAACCAGAGAAUAAACCGGCUACUGCCUUUAAUAACUAAACAAAUGAGGAUAAUGGCAGCUCGGAAACCGGCUUCUACUAACGUAGAUUACAAAACUGAAAGAAGUUUCAAUAAAAAAUACGACGAAUUAGAAGUCAUCUUUUUAUCUUUAUUUCAUAUUUCAGAUGAACAACAGAAAAUAACCAAAGUUCAAAAAAUACUUAGUUUAAUCAAAAGCCUAACUCCAGGAGAAAUUAAAGUUCUAAAAGGAAAAGGCAAAGAUAUUUUAUGGUAUUUCUUAAACAAAUAUGCUAAACGCGAAUUUUACCUAUGUCCGCCUUUAAAAGAUUUUACUGAAGCAAUGGUGGACUUAGUUGAUGCUAUAUUGGACGAAAAUCUAAUGUCUGAGGGCUGGAAAAUUACUAUCGAAGUGCUGGAAGCAUUUAUUGAACAAAUUAAUUUAAAUUCUAUCCGCAACCCCUUUGAGAAUUAUGAACAAGUAUUUGAAAAAUUCUCUGAAAAUGAAUUCCAAAAAAGUUUUGUUCAGAAAUUGAAAAAAUUAGGCUUAGAAAACCGUUUAUUAAAACAGUUACAGGAUUGCACUCAACAUUUAAAUUUAUUAGCAGGAGCAGAAACAGACUUUCAAAUUUCGGAUGCUGAUGAACAAGAAAUAAACAGAAAACUACAAGGAGCCAAAUCUGAGAGCGAAAAUAACAAUUCACAAGAACAAAGAAGUUUAAGUUUCAUUUCACCUAUUGAAACAUUUUCUAAUUUUGAAAAUCAGGGACCCGGAAACCUCCCAAGGGAUAAUCAACAAUUUGAUUCAUGA